UUAUUCCACUCAUCGUUCCACAUCAGUUCGUGACGAAAAAAUGCCGGAAUAUCAAAUCAUUGGGGCCGGAAUCAUUGGUCUUUACACUGCAUUCCAGCUUUUGGACAGGGGAAUUGAUGCCAAGCAAAUCAGUAUCACUGCCGAAUUUCUUCCUGGAGAUGAGUCCAUCAGAUAUACAUCUCCCUACGCUGGAGGUAAUUUUUCAUGCAUUACAGGCAAUGAUCCAGACACGUUGGCAUUUGACGAGUAUACCUACAAAAACUUGAAGAGAAUUCAGCAAGUUUUGGGCGGGCCUCAGUGUGGUUUGGCAGAAACGGUGUCUACGGACUACUGGGACACGCGGCCAGCAGAUGUUAAAAUCAGCUCGUUGAGAAGCUACCUCGUCAAUUAUAAAGAGGUACCCGUGGCAGACUUGCCCGCGGGAGUCCUGUUUGGUAUUCGAUUCCAGUCAUGGAGCUUCAAUUGCCCCAAAUUUUUGUUCAGCGUGUAUGAAUACUUGACAAAACAAGGCGUGUCUUUUCAGAAGCAAAAGUUGCAGCACGUUUCCGAGGCAUUUGGUGCAACCACUCGUGUGGUCUUCAAUUGCACUGGGCUCGGGGCCAAGGAUCUUGGUGGUGUAGACGAUUCGGCAGUUUAUCCCACCAGAGGCCAAGUCUUGGUGGUAAAGGCGCCACAUAUCACCGAAAACGUGAUGAGGUGGGGUGAUGACUAUGCUACCUACAUCAUCAAAAGACCUUCUUCCCACGACCAGUUAAUUUUGGGCGGCUUCAUGCAGAAGGAUGACUGGACGGCAGAUACCUUCAGGCUGCAAAACAUGGACAUCUUGAAGCGGACAACUGCUUUGUACCCUGAGAUUCUUGAGAAAAACCCUGGCGGCCCCCAUAUUGAGGACCUCGAGAUUCUUCGUUCGGCUGCUGGUCUUCGGCCCAGCAGACAUGGCGGUGUCAGAAUUGAAAGGCAAACCUUGGACAACGGCCGCAAGUUGGUCCACAACUAUGGAGCUAGUGGAUAUGGAUACCAAGCCGGCUUUGGCAUGGCCAAAAAGGCUGUUGACUUGGCUCUCCAGCAUCCUUCCAAAUUGUGAUCUUCAAAUUUAGAUCGCAUUAAAUAGCGGGGUUCAACCCUCUCUGUAAGAAUGUCACCCUCCCAUAAUAAAACGAACACUAGUUGCUGCUAUCAAUCAUGAGCCCUUUCUCUUCCUCUGCUUCGACAUCAACGCCAUAGUCUCCUAGCGCU